AUGGUCAGAUGUGGGUAUGCUAAAUUUGUUAACGGGGUGGCUUGUGGAGUAACUAUUGCAUCAAGCGAGUGCUUGACGUUAAAGCAGUGUUCCAGAAACAUCAAACCCCAUUUAAGAGGACUGAAAGUGGUGGAUAAAAAUCUAAAGGACGAGAUACAGUUACUUUUGGGGCGAGCAGGUAAGGAAUGAAUAUUUUAUUUUGAUAUGGUUAAGUACAUUACUGAAAAAUUUUAACACAGAAUUGGCACGAGUCGAGCUAGCCCGGGGCGAGCGUAAUUUGGCGCGAACAUUCUAGGCGGGAAAAUCACACCUUUCCAGGAGUAGCUGUUGUCAAAAAGAAAUGAUUUUACAAGUCUUACGGAAUAUUUAGAGGCUAACUUUAACGAGUUUCUUCUGGUAAACGCCACGUGACUUAUGUUCUGAUCUUUUUAAAAUCGGCGCACAGCGGCAAAAAUGUUAUUCCGGACUUGAGAGCCUUGGGUGCUCUUUGGCUGCGCGGUACCUCCCACGCUACACUACGGUUUAGUAUGGAGGGAUUUGUUGCGAUUCUUAUUCCUGGUAUACAAUGUUUGCGCAAGGCACUACGCAACCUAAAGUAUAGUAGUACCCAUACCUAGCCAGUAAGUUUGAGCGUAAGAAAAAAAGAAUGAUUGGGUGGAAGAAGGCGGGGGGGGGAGGGAAGGGGUGGAGGGCAACCAAAAAAAUCUUUCCGAGAGCACGCCAGCAGAUUAGCAUUUCUCGUUCUAAUUUGAAAAAGUAAUCUGCAAAACCAUUUUGAACAACCUAAUCUUUACCGACGGAUUCCGUGGGUUAAUAUAUAUAUAUUCUUUUUACUAUAUUUUGUAGGUUUGUUUUCCUCAGAGGUAGAAGCUGAGAAAAUAACAAUCUGUCCCUGGCAUCGCGAUGUGUAUGGAACUCGGUGGAAGUGCAACAAAAGACGAUGUGUUAUUCCCAGCGUCAUUAGCGGUCACACCGGUAUACCACCUCCAAAAGGUGACCGAGGAGUCACCUUUUUACAAGCAGAAUUAAUAUUCAGUGUUUUGGGGGUACUAGUACCAAUCGGAGUACGUAGGUAUCACUAUCAAUAUAAGUAAAAUUCCCAGUCAACGAUACUUUAAGUACGCUAAGUUACUACGUUAAGUUCGCUACGAUCAUUACGAUCGUCAACGGCGCCCACCUUUAUUCAGUGAUUAAAGCUACAUUUCUGUGAUAAAACUGGCCUCUUCACUGAAAUACUAGCUGGCUUUAGUAACUGUUCUAACAUCUUGUUAAGUCAUGAAGUCGAUCCAAGGGUCUGGUACUUUAGAGCAAGCGUCCUUUCUUUGCCACGUUUCGCUGUCGUUCGAUUCCUCUUCAGUCAUCUACGUACGUUACUUCUACUCUUUUCUACCUUUCCCGGCCAACGAACACCAAUUAAAUGAAUUCUGAGGAUUAUGAUAUGAGCAGUUAUUUCGUUAUCGUUUAUUACGUUUGGAUCAAGUGUUUAAUUCUGGCUUAUAUUUGCCUAUUUUGAUAUUUGCUUUUUGUUUCUUUUUCUUAGCUAUUUGUCGACAGUGCAGAGACAAAGUAAAACAAAUCUGUCAAGAAGAAAAACUAACAAAUUGUCAAGUAGACAGUUCUACAAAAAAAGUCCAAGAGAGAACAAGCAGUUUGCAUGCAACGAAACAGUGCGCUGAUUUAAGCAUCGACGAUUGCGAUAGAAAGGAAUGUGAAGGAAUUUAUAGUGAUGCUAAUGUUGAUGACGGCGUUAGGGAUCUUUCUAAAUUCCAUGCGGAUGGCAAUAGCAUUGAGGGUAGCCUUUAUAGUUGAAGUAAAGGCGAUGACAUCUGCAAAGUUCAAGUGCCCGGUGGCGUUGGUGAUAGUGGUAGUAACGAUUGUUCGUGUAGCGAUGAUAAUUUUGGUUGCAAUAACGUUGGUGAUGAAAGAGAUGUUGGCGUUGAUAUUAAUAAUCAGGAAGAUGACGGCUGUGAUUAAGUUUGCGCUCUAGCCGCUCCAAAUGACACUGUUAGUGGUCGGGAUGAUAAUGGUGAUAGUGGCGGAAAUAGUGGUGAUAAUGAUGUUUGUUGUGGAGACACUAGUGGGACCGAUUAUGGAUAUAAAGGCAACUCCCUGGUAAGCUACAUUUGUUUUUCCGGUAUCUGUUUCUAUGCGAGCUACAUCUUACCAAUUUGAAAAGCAAUUGACUUUAACGAGUUGAAAAUUGAGAAAAUUUUAGCCUUUCUCCCCUGGUUACCAAUGAUUAAAAUUUUUAACUCUAAAACAACUUAUUAAUUAAAUUUGCAGGUUCUCUCACCCGUAGAAGCUGAGAGAAGAAAGUUACAAAAAGUCGAGAAAGAAAGAGUAAGUCUAGUUGCAGAUACGAUGAGAUCGCAUGUGGUAGAAUUUAGAAAAACUCAGUUGAACGAAUUUCUUAAAAGUUCUGGCUUAGCUCCAGUUCGUAAGGUAGACAUGGGAUCACCAACAGCAGCAGAAAGAACAAGAAGAAGAAACAUAGCUGAAGCAUGCCAAGUUAUGGUUGCUGUUUUGCGAGUACUGUCACCAAAUUAUCCCUGUGAACUGUGGCUAAACGUAAAGGACUCUAACGACAUGUGUGAAGCCUUAGAAGUACGUAAAGAGGUUGCCUUAAGAGAAGAUGACGUGAAGUAUCUGCGAGCGCUUUCUGAAUCAUACAAUAACGCCACAAGUGCAAAUGUUAAACUGCAAAUUCUUUCUAUAAUGGCGGAUAUCACCACGUUGCAAGAAAUACGCAAUUACAUUCCAGGCCUAACAAAAUAUAUGUUUUGUCAAGCAAGACAACAUAUUUUAGUUUCUGGGCGAGGAGCUCCUGUAAUUGCAAAACAAAACCCGAGAUGGAGAAUCGAUCUUAACCAGUUGGAUCACUUCUUGGAUUUUAUUACCAGUCCCUACAUCGUGCAGGAUUUACCAUUCGGUGAACGGUUUCUGAAAUUGUCGACUGGAGAAGUAGUGCCGACACCGAAUGUUAUCAGAGUAUCGGUCAGCGGACACAUCAUUGACCAAUACGUACAGUAUUGCAACGAAACAGAGGUGAAACCUCUAAGCAACAGCACAUUACGACGCAUUUUAUCCUCCUGUCAGGCAUCUACGCGAAAGUCCUUACAAGGUCUCAAUUACUUUGUUUGUGAGGAUAGCAAGGCCUUUGAUGACUUGGAACAACUCAUUGGGAACCUUGUUGAUAGUGGGUUUGACGCACGUACAGCGUAAAACCUACAGAUGAAGUUAAAGGAGGGAAAGAAUUACGUUAAAACGGAUUUCAAAGUGGGAACCUAUGGUAAUAUAAUUAUUAAAUGUGGAAUUCCAGAAAAUGUCCAUACCCCCCCCCCUCCCCCACGGAGGGCAACGGAAAUUCGGAAGGGAGGGGGGUCCAUAAGAUAGCAACUUUUGAGGGGGUGGGAGUGGCAAGCUAUUAGUUAUUUUACUCUCAAUCGGUGUUUCAGAGCAAUUUUUUUUUUCAUCGAUGAUCUUUUAUUUGCAGUCGGCUGAGUGCUUUUUUACAGCUUGCACGAUUUUAUAUUACAAUUGUCGUCGGCUCGUGAAUAAACGUCUGGUUAUCUAUGGGUUGCUUUGUUGCACAAUAUAUAUUGCGGUAUUCAAUAUAAUGUGGUCAUGUUGUAUUAAGCUUUCAUCUAACAAGUUUUUAACUGAAAAGAAGUAAUUGAAGUUCAUUGGUUUAAGAGAAGGGGGUAUGACAAACACCCCCCUGAAAUAGAGAUUCCAGGGGGUGGGGGUCUAAAACAAAAGUGCCCUCCGUGAGGGUAUGGAUAUUUUUCUGCCUACACAAUCUACCAUGUCUUUCGGCGCUCCUGAUUUGAAGGAGCACACAGUUUAUAAUGACGAGUGGGAGUGAUACAGUGGGAAAAAGGAUUUUUUUUUAUGGCGAAUUAUUUGCCCAUCCGAUCUGUCAAAUGAUGCGCUGUCAAAAAUAACAUUUUCGUCAUUGUUUAGUGUCUCUGUCAUAUUUUAGGUAUAUUCUCCAGAAUAGUCUGGUCUCGCGUAAUCUUCCUCUGAGACUAUCUUGCUUCUACAAUAGGUUCACAUUUCCAGCUCUUCGCGCGUGUCAGAUCACUGUAGCCAAUAUGCACUAAGUGACAGUAAAGAUCCUGCUUUUAGAGGUACCUGCACUCAAGAUCAUGACCUGAUAUGUAAUCGCUGUGAAGACCUUAAAGCUGUUCUGUCGGACACCCAAAAGGCAAUUCAGGAAUCCUGCUUCGAGUGCCAGUAUGAUAAGGAGGAUGCUCUUCACAGAUUUCAAGAAGCAACUCGAGCAAUUCAGCUCUGGAAGUCACACCAGCUCAGACUUGUUAAUCAAGAUAAUGCCCGUACAGACGUUAUUGAAUGCCUCGAUGACAGCAAAGUGCUCCUUGUACAAGACUGGGCUAUGAAAUUUCUCCCUCGUCAGUACCGAGAAUCCCAAGGAGAAUGGUUUGCGAAAAAAGGGAUCUCCUGGCACAUCACUGUAGCGAUCAGAAAGAAAGAGAGUGAACUUGAAACACAGGCGUUCGUGCAUGUAGUUGAGAAGUGUAUCCAGGACAGCCCUUGUUGUCCAGUUAAUGGAACAUGUUCUUUCUACUCUCAAGAGGGAACACCCUGAGAUCAAAAGCGCCUUUUAUCGCCAAGACAAUGCAGGCUGCUACCAUGCAGCCAACACCAUUCUUGCCUGUAAAGACAUCAGCCAGCGAUCGGGAAUCUCAUUCAACAAUUAGACUUCUCCGAUCCACAAGGAGGAAAGGGCGCUUGUGACCGUUUUGCAGCAACAAUGAAAAACCAUGUACGCUCUUUUGUUAACCAAGGUAACGACGUCCUUACAGCAGAGCAAUUUCUUUCUGCACUUACCUCACGAGGUGGAGUGUCUGGAGCCCGAGUGUCUCUGGUACAAGGCAACAGUUCUAAUAAAACCAAUGUAAAGUGGCCAGGAAUCAGCAAGCUGAACAAUUUUGAGUUUAGCAGUGAUGGAGUGAGGGUAUGGCGAGCUUAUCAAGUUGGCGAAGGAAAGUUUUUCCCUUGGUCAGAAUUUGAAGGUACUUUUUAUCCUCUCUAUCUAUCUCUCUCACUAACUCUCCCUCUCCCCUAUUGCUACUCUCCUCCACCCCCCCCCCCAAAAAAAAAGACUUUGCUUCAAUCGUUUGAAAAUUGGUGUUUGGCUUUUUUUUAUUGCAGUGGGCACUGUUUGAUAUUAACUAUUUUAUGCUUCAGGAACGGAAUAUCCUAUCAGUUCAAUGACGAAUGCCACGUUUUCAAAUGGAGACUUUCGCCCCAUAAAAACCCGAAAAAAGAAACACGAAGUUAAGCAGGAGACGUUAGCCAAGGUCGACAGUGAAGAAGAAGAAGAGGAGACUAAGGGGACCGCCUCUGGGAGAUUGUUUUCUUGUCCAGACAAAGGGUGCGUUCGUGUCUACACCCGUUACGGAUCUAUGGUCAAUCAUGUUACCUACGGAAAAUGCGACUUCAGGGAAGAAAGAGAAUCUGUGAUGGACACUGCAAAGGUCUUGUACAGUAAAAAGCUUUGGGUCAGUGAUGGUCGUAUUUCAGCUACAGCAAGCGGCUUACACCAGAACGAAGAAGAAGGUUGGGCACUGAAAUCGAUCAAGAAAAACAAACCUUUCAGUGACAAACAGAAAAAAUUCCUAGAAGAAAAGUUCAUGGUUGGCGAAACGACGGGAAGAAAGUUGGACCCUGUAACUGUAGCCAGAGAAAUGAAAACUGCUCGCCAAGAUGGUAACGGAGAGAGACUUUUUUCUUCUUUAGAAGUAUUGACCGCGACCCAGAUUCAAAAUUUUUUCUCUAGAAGGGCAAGAUGUGGGAGAUUUUCCGAAAAUGACCCAGAAAAUCAGAAAGCUGUCCAAGUGGAAGAAGAACUUGAAGACUUUCGGAGAGAUGUAAUAGAGCAAGUGCAGCCCAGACAUCCAAUCAUGUAUGAUGUCCACAACUUGUGUGAUCUUGUAGCUUCAGGGAAACUAAAGAAACUCACAUUACCGAAGCUGAAGGAAAUCUGUAGCGCUUUUGAGCUGAAUCUUCCUGAGGAACGGAAGAAAGCCCCUUUUGUAGAUGCUUUUACCAAAUUAGUUAAGAAUUGCUCGUGUUGGUCCUCUUGA